ACGGAUCAUGCUGGAGCAAAUGUAAAUGAGGACAGGCGAUAGUAAAGGCGAAGGCCGGACAAAACAACGUAAAUUUGCUAGAGGUUCCAUCAUGACUAGUACGAUCCAAUCAAUGUAUUCCUUUCCUCGUCAAGGUCAAUGUCGAUGAUGGUCUUCACAAAGAAACGAAACAGAACAGAUUUCUGGCCUGAUGAAGCCACAUGUGUAAGACAGCCGUCGAGGAAGAAUCGCGGAUGUGAGCAGUCACUGUGCUUUUUAUGUAUCUUCAUGUACAUGUUUGCUGAGACUCAGAGUAAGUAGCACAAGAGUGGAACAAUUAGAAUUACAAUUUUACCUCCUGCUUCUCCAAUAUUAACGGCAGAAACACCCACCCCUCAUGAUCCAGUUCGAGCUUUGUGAUGAUCCCGAGGCCGAUGCGGUCUACGGGCUUUUUGCGGACAGUCCGGAACCGGACCAGGCGGUACUAGAGCAGGUCCGGGAGCUCGCGUCGCGACCGGGCGGCGGCGAGACGAAAGGAGUGGGACGUCGUGCCGAGGAGCAACAGGAAAAGAAGAAACAGGAGGAGCCGGUCCUUGAAAACGCGGCCGGGGCACUGAAGAAAAAGUUGAAGAGAAUAGCAAAACGGAGGCGAGAGGACGAGGAGUUUUUCGGCGACAACAAUCAUCUGGAUGGUUCAGCUUCACCCUCCUCGUCGUCGUCGCUACUACAGCGAGGAAGAGGGGGGGUUGCCGGAGGCAGAUUGCUCGGCUCGUCCGUGAAAAUCGGCAGUCGUCCAGCCUCUGCUUCAAACGCGACGAACAACUUGAAUGUGGAUGUUGAUAUGGAGCGUGCAUCUACCUCCGGGGGAAAUGAAACUGCCAGAGCUAGCCGGAAGGGAGACGCGCAAAUCAAUCAGCUAGAAGACAGUGGUGCAACAAGCACACAGAAUGACGGUUUGCCGUGGGCAGUUGUGCCAGUCGUUGUUACAGGAGAGUCUAGUACGGCGAUAUCACCCUCCGCAGCAGCCGCUUCCGCCGCACGGAAGAAGACUCCAUUGGAACUAGCCAUGGAGGCUCGGAAAGCAUCAGGUGCUGGUCCUGGCGGAAAAAGAAGGAAGAAAAAGUGAACAUGCGUUUUUUCACUUCCGCUCAAUGUGGAUCCUGCGUAAGCGACAAAUUGGAAAUGAAUAGCGACAGAAAUCAAAUGAAAUUAUGUAGCAUUAGCGAAGAAU